UUCGCCACCGGAAGCGUGGGAUGUCGGGGAAAAAACUUUUUUCUUUAUGAGUGGACGCGCAGCUAUUUGUGGGACGCACUUAACGAUAGUGAAAUGCGCCGCCUGCAGGUGCACUUGGAGGACUAAUCUCUCUGGUAGGGCAUAUGGUGUGGUUAGGCAAGCCUCACGGAAAACUACUUUUCCCGUAGUGCUCCGCGCUCAAGCGAUUAUGGAGCUACGCGUGGUCCAUCUGGAGAAGAGGAUCCGAGAUCACUUGGAGAACCUGGGUUUUGAAAUUCAUCCAUUUAAGGUAGGGUGGUACAAUGCGGUCCUUCCUCCAGCUUUUCAUUUGCCGUACUCAGAUAAUACUCUGGCCUUUGUAGUGCUCAGUGUUCCUGCCAUGUUUGACAAAGCCUUCAAACCCUUCUUAAGGAAUCAGCUGCUGAAAAAGAUUCAUGACCCUGUGGACCAGUGCAUUUCUCAUCACCUCACACUGGUUAGGGAGAGCCUUGCUGACCAGCAGGUAGACAUCAUGUAUGACUAUGAGAUGCUGCCCAACCGGAAGCCCAAGUUCCUGGCCCAAACAGCAGUACAUGUAGCUGGUGCUGCAUACUACUACCAGAGGAAAGAUGUGCAGCAAGAUCCCUGGGGGGAGAAGAAGAUCUAUGGUGUCUGCAUCCAUUCCUGUUAUGGAGGCUGGUUUGCUAUCCGGGCUCUACUGCUUUUCCCAGGUGUUGAGGUGCCUUUCUUGCUGCAGAACACCCCUGUUGAUUGUGUGACAACGGAAGAAAAGAGAAUAGAACUGCUGGAGAAGUUCAAUUUCCACUGGCGAGACUGGAGUUACCGGGACAUUAUUGAAGUGAAGGAGAAGUACUCGGAAGAACAGAAAACCUACUUUGCAACUCCCCCAGCUGAACGGUUGAAACUGCUGAAUCUGCAAGGAGGGUUAAAGAGGAAUGCAAUACACUGAGUAGCUGUCCUCACUGCUCAAGAUGAACCCGUGGCCUAUUCUGCUGUGUCCACUGCUAUGGAGACAGAGAUUGAUGGUUUACUUGAAGAAUCAAACUGCAAUCCCAAACAUGCUUAUUAGGGAUUAAGAGCCAGUGAACACAGUGGUUCUUUCUUUGAAGUAAAUGCGUAUAGGAUUUUAGUGUAAUAUUAGCUACACUGGAACACAUGACUACAGAUGUAGAAGUACUAGUUCCCCCCCCCCCGAUUUUAGGUGGGUGUUACUUUAAAAACAGGUUUUGGAAUGUAACGUUUAAAAAUACUGCUUUAUUUUAUUUAAGGGUAUUUAAAUACAGGAAUUAUUUAAAUACUCUCUGUGUGUCUCUCUCUUUCAUAGUUGAUGUGAUUAUUUGUCUUUGGUUAUGAAUUCAGGAGAGACAUUUUUGUAAAUUGUACUUCCUAUGGAGAAAUUCUCCAGGAAAUAUUUUUCUUUAAUGCAGUGCUAAGGCUAUUUCUUUAUUUCAGAAUGCUUUGGCAAGGACUUGGGUAGCAGAAGGAAUAAGAAGAGUCUUCUCCAAUAUUGGUUGGAGGGACAGGAAGGCAGCCAUUGCCCAAAACUGGAGAUUCUUCAAAACUGGAGAUUCUUCAACCAAAUUGCAUUGUUAUCUAGUCCUUUCCCUAGUCUAUAGUCAUUUCAGCUGCUACACCUUCCUGUGAUUCUCAGGUCUGCUUCUGGGGCUUUGAAACCCUUUUAUUUUGCUCCAGUAGUGUUGUCUUUUUCUUUCCACUCCUGUUCAAAGCACUGGAGAUGUUAUCUAACUCAUGUGGUGAAGGAAAGUUUAUAAGGUUGUAAACAAAGUAAAACUGAAGGAAGCAGAAAGGACUGGCUCUUUCUGUCAUGAGUCUUUUGUGGCACUUAUACUGUGGAGCAAGGCUUUUGGAAAAAGUGCAUAUCCUUGUAUUAGAAUGUUAGAAUAAGAAUGCAGGUGUCACCAAGUCCAUUCUCAACAGGAUCUCCAUUCUCUAGUGUUGACGCAUACAUAGGCAAAGUGCUAAGUAUUUUUGUAAGGUUUUGACAAGGGCAUGUCUUGCCACUUACAUUUUAAGAACAUGCACAGUGUAAACAUUUAUAAAGUGCCUGAAGUUUUCUACACGCUCUGCAAAGAUGAAGGGCUGUAUUCAACACUGCACAUGCCCAGUUCUGCUCACACAAUGGGCAGCACAUGCAAAAAAACUGCUCCAAAGGUUCCUCCGUCUGGAGCAGAUUUUGAGGGUGUGCAGUGUGCUGAGGAGGGAAAAGUUCCAUUGAGUUCAAUCCAGUCUCUAGCUGUAAGCUUACAAUUUCUAAUAUAUACUAUACAAGAGAAAAAUGGGAUAGAGUACAUGAAAACAAGCACAUUCAGGUAUUAAUUCUUCAUAGUUUACAAAAAUGUUUCAUGACCUGGUGGAAGUGUCUGUAGUCCUGAGCUGAGCACAGGUUGAGGAAUCGCCAGUUCAUAAGGCCUGGGACAAGCUGCCUGAAUUUUGGUGUUCUGCAUUUUGGAUGCUAAAGUUGCCUAAUCCAUCUUGAUCAAUCUGAAGCCACUCUCUUUGCCAUUGGCAAAUGUCAUUAUCUCUCAACCUAAUCUCAGUCUUUUAUGCGAGGGUAAAAUGUACAGUGCCCUGACCUUCUUGGAGAGAGGUGGGAUAAAAGUGUCAUUGGUCAAAUGUCCCUUUUCCAUAUCUAAAGCUGUUGUAUUUUCUAACCGGGUAGCUUUUUUACUCUUUUUCUUGGACUUCUUCCAAAAGAUAUGCAAAAUAUCCUGCAGUAUUACCUGCUACUACUUUCCUUCUUUCUCCCUGCUCUUUUUAUGUUCUGAUCCUGUUCUUAUAAUUUUUUUCUCGUAUUCUCAAUUUUUCUCUAAGUGACAUAGGGGCUAUGAACCAUUGGCCCAAUAUGGAGCUCUCUUAUAGCACACUCAACCAUUUAACUAUUGAAGACUAGUUAAUCCCAUCAUACAAAUAUCCCACUUUGCAGAGAGAAAUUGUCAAAGAACAGUAAGUGGGAUCAUGCACAGGAAUGCUUUAUAAUAGUUUUUAAGACACGUGGGAGAUACACUGAACAAUAAUGUGGGCUUUCUGGGCUAUGAUUAGGUAUUGGUUAGGAAAUUCGAGUUUGGCAUUUUAACAGACUGCAGCUGUGAUGCCUCCCUUCCAGAUAGCCUUCCUCAGCAAUAACAUCAGUGUGGGAGGUAGAAGGAGAGGAGGUUUUCCUUACUGUUGUGUCAUCUCUCUUUGAAGCUUUGGCUGCAGUCCUAAGUGUACUUCCUCAGAAGUGAGUCAGACUGUUGAACAAUAAACUUACACACGUAAUGAAUACCUGAAGUGUGAGAAAAUUACUUUUAAAAUCCCUCCAACUAAGGUCUUGUUGCACCUUCAGCCACCAUGCCAGUCUUAGUCUUGGUGGCUAUAGAUAGAGGCAGCUUUCAUGUGGCAGCUGCUCCACAGCCCAGAUGUAAUGUCUAGGAUAUCUUGCUAUAUGGAGCUUCUCAGUUGCAUAAAGAGCUUUCUUGCCAGUGUGAGUCUUUCAGGCAGCAGAUGACACUACUGUGGAAACCACCCAUGGGAUUGCACCUGUGGCAAGCCCAUCAUGGGUGGAUUAAUUGCGUGGUCAUGAUACAGAGAUUAAUUCUAGCCGUCUCUUUAUGUGGAGCAGAUUCUUCUGGUUCCUUAGACUGAUAGAGUGGACUCUAGCCUUUAAGGUGUCACAAGGCUCUUUGUUGGUUUUAUGCUGCAACAGACUAACACUGCUACUAACCCUUGAGAAAUUGUUAUGCGGAGAAGGUCUCAGGUAGACCAGUCUUCAUUCUUCAUCUAUUUUGCAAGCAGAGUGUUUAAUGAAUGGUAAGGGUCUAUUCAGCACUGGAAAGGAUUUCUUCAGAGCUAGUACAAGCAGAACCUCUCUGCUAUGCAUCUUGUUAUAUCCUGACAUUUUGCAGCAGUUUUUCUUCUCUCUAUAUGUACCUUUAAUAACCUGUUCACCCUUUCUCCAUCAUCAUCCUGCCAUAUGAGGCAGGGAUGGGGAACCUGUGGCCCUCCAGAUGUUGCUGGAGUCCAACUUCUAUCCUCCACAGCCAGCAUGGCCAGUGGCCAGGGACGAGGAGAGUUGGAAUCCGACAUCAACUGGAGGCCCAUAAGUUCCCAUCCAAGAUAAAAUCACAGUUUUUGUAUUGUUUCUGGUAUUAAAUCACUGAUGCUCUGCUCAGUAUCUGCC